GGUAUUCAUAUCAAGAUCUACAUGGAUUAAAAACUGUAUAAUAUUUUAAUUGGUCGUUUAAUAUAAACGCUCCUUGUCUCUACUUAUUGAUCUUUUUUUUUAUUACCACUAUUGCAUUUUUGGCGGGACUAGACGAUCCGUUAAAAUUAGCGUCAAAUUUUGGAGUAGCGUAAGUAACACGUUUCGAAGCUGUGUCUGUCACGUUGACUCUCAUAUGCAGAAUUGUUUUUUUUAUGAUAAUACAAAGAUUAUUGAGUAUUUCUUUGACUUUUAAUAAAGUAUUGCUAACAGCAUCAUGCCACCUAAAAAGAAGUCAUCUAUGAAGGUGACAAAGGCUACCAAGGCUACAAAGGCUAGUACUUCUGCAAGUAAAGAUGAUAAAGAUAAGAAACCUUUAGCUAAGGUAUUUAUGAAAAAAACUAAGAGGGAAGAAGAGGAUAUCGAGGAACCCCCAGCUAAGAAGGCAAAAACCGAUGCUAAAAAGCUAAUGAAUAAAACUGAUUCCAAUUUAGAUGAGAUCAGUUUUGAUUGUGAUAAGCUCAAUGCAAAGGGGGAGAAAUAUAAUAUAAAAAUUUGCAGUUGGAAUGUUUCAGGGAUAAGAGCUUGUAUAAAGAAAAAUGCAUUAGAUUAUAUUAAAAAAGAAGAUGCAGACAUUGUAGUUUUGCAGGAAACAAAAUGUGAUACAAAUAAACUACCACCAGAAGUUAAAUUGAAAGGAUAUCAUCAUUAUUUUCUUGAUAGUAAAAAACCCGGUUACUGUGGAGUAGCGUUAUAUUCCAAAGAAAAAGCACUGCGGGUUACAUAUGGAUUAGCAGAUUCGGAAUGUAAUGAUGAAGGUAGACUUAUCACUGCGGAGUAUAAGAAUUUUUAUAUAGUAAAUGUUUAUGUGCCAAAUGCUGGACAAAAAUUGGUCACGAUGCCUAAAAGAUUACGCUGGAAUGAAGAUUUCAAAAAUUAUAUUAAGAAAUUAGACAAGGAGAAGUCAGUAAUUGUUUGCGGUGACAUGAAUGUGGCACAUCAAGAAAUUGAUUUGAAGAAUCCAAAGUCGAAUACAAGGAAUGCUGGUUUUACUAAAGAAGAAAGGGAUGGGAUGACAGAUUUUCUUGAACAAGGAUUUGUUGAUACUUUUAGAGCACUGUAUCCUGACAGGAUAGAUGCUUACACAUAUUGGUCAUAUUUUCAAAAUGCUAGAAGUAAAAAUAUUGGGUGGAGAUUGGAUUAUUUUUUAGUCUCUGAACGAAUAAAAAACUGCAUUUGCGAUUGUGUCAUAAGGGACAAGAUAUAUGGAAGCGAUCAUUGCCCUAUUAUUCUUUAUGCUAAUUUGUAACAAAAUUUCAGUUCUUCAGUCUGCAAUUGUUAAUAAUACAGUUACAUAAUCACUGUCAUUGUACAAGCAUAGCAUAGCAAGUCUAAAUAUAAUAGAGUGAUCGUAAAAUUAUUUCGAUUUUUAAUAUUGAGAAUCUCAAAAAACAUCAAUUGGAAACAAUUAUCACAUGGUCAUAGAACAGAACUUUAUAUUUCGCAACGACUUUGUAGAUCAUGUUUCAUGCACUCGGUAUUAAAAUGAAAACAUUCGAAUCAUUUAACCACCAAAAAUAGAUUUUAUAGGCAAAAAUAAGUUCUGGAUGUAGAAUUUAAGACAUGCAGCGAUUAUGAUCUUAAAAUGAUACACGAGCGAUGGCUGUUUUGUGGAGGUAAAUACAUAAAAUAUUACUAUUUGAUGAUAUAGAUGUGCUACAUGACAAACCUGUUGUUCCUAUAUUUCAUUUUUCAAUUAAUACAUUUUAUAUGCAUCUGAAGAUACUCAAUUGUGAAAGUUUAGAGACUUGUUAAUUAUCCACUAAAGGCAUUGAUAUUUGUAAUUGACACUAUUUUAUUAAUAUGUAGUAAUUUUUGAAAUAAAUUAAUAAAAAUGGAAUGUCUAGA